UAAAGCGCCUCUGAAUGCCUGUUGCUAUGGAGACGAGGCUCUUGUUAACAGGACAAAGCUGAAUUUUUACUUUUUGAGUGUUUUUAUUUUCAACCAUGGACUCAAAAACACAACUAGAAAUUGUCGGCUUAAUUAAAGACCAUAAUUUCUAUGUUGCCAGUAGUAUAGCCGAGGGACUAAAACAGAAGUUUCCUGAAGCAUUUCUGGAUCCAAAAAUUCAACCACUACUCGAAUGUGACUGGCACACAUAUCUGUCUCACAAGAAAAGGGAGCUGCGUGGUGAAGUGUGGCAGUACUCCAGCAGUCUGAUGUGCUUUCUGAACGGCCUUCUCCUCGGUAAUGAGAAGGAUCUUGCCGACUGGGCCGAGAAUCAGUGGAGCUUCUCUCUCACUCAGCCGCAGGCUUUCUACGUGGCUCUCACUGAGGACGGCUACACCAAACACCUCCGGAACACCGGGCAUCAGUUUGUCUUCAUGGACAUUGAGAUAGCAGGAGAGGCAGUGGGGAGGUUGAUGUUUGAGCUGUUCUCAGAUGUCUGUCCAAAGACAUCAGAGAACUUCCAGGCUCUGUGCACAGGAGAGCGAGGUAUGUCACUGAGCGGCUUCCCACUUUGCUACAAGGGCUCUGUGUUUCAUCGUGUGGUGCCCAACGGCUGGCUGCAAGGAGGAGAUAUUUCUCCACAGAGGAGAGGUGAUGGAGGGGAGUCAAUCUAUGGACCGACGUUUGAAGAUGAGUGCUUUGCCGUGUCCCACACUAGACGAGGCACUCUAGGAAUGGCCAAUAAGGGUCCCCACAGCAAUGGAUCCCAGUUCUACAUCACCCUGCAGCCAGCACCCUGGAUGGACAGGACCUAUGUUGCCUUUGGUCAUGUGGUUGAAGGUGUCGACGUCCUCGAGAGAUUAGAAGGAGCUCUGACUCUCAAUGAAAGACCCAAGUAUGAUUGUAAAGUUACAGGUUGUGGAGCGUUUAAGUUUUAAGUUUAGUGUAUAAAUAAUUUUUUCAGUGUUUUCCAUGUAAUCAAAUGAACCAAAGAUGUAACAUACGACUUACAUUUGCUUUUCUACAAAAAAAUGUGUAUGUAUAUGUAAUUUGGCAAUUUGACAUACUGUGCAUGACUCAGAUAAAAUACAUUUUGUGGCUUUAAAA